UCCUGAUGCCAUCCCCCCUCCCCCCAAAGUGAGGUCCUCCCUCCCUCCCUCCCUCCUCCUCCUCCCUCUCCUUGCAGGCCAGCGAAGCAGCCGAUCAAGGGGGAGCUGGCGGGUUAGGUGCCCCCCUCUUCUCCCUGCCCUCCCCCCCCUCCCGGCCCGCUUCUCGCGUCUGCCCCCAGAGAUGAUGCAGCAGGACGAGUCAAACUCUCCAGUCUCCCCCGCCGACGACAGCUUGAGCAACAGCGAAGAGGAGCCGGACCGGCAGCAGCUGCCCAACAACAAGAGAGGGGGGCGCAAGCGGCGCUCCAGCCGCCGCAGCGCCGGCGGCGCCGUCGGGGCCGCGGACGAGCCGUGCAGCCCGGCCCAAGGCAAGCGGGGCAAGAAGUGCGGGGCGGGCGGCGGCGGCGGAGGCAGCAGCAGCGGCGGCGGCAGCCCCCAGUCCUACGAGGAGCUGCAGACCCAGCGGGUCAUGGCCAACGUGCGGGAGCGGCAGCGCACGCAGUCGCUGAACGAAGCAUUCGCCGCCCUGCGGAAGAUCAUCCCCACGCUGCCCUCAGACAAGCUGAGCAAGAUCCAGACCCUCAAGCUGGCGGCCAGGUAUAUCGACUUCCUCUACCAGGUCUUACAGAGCGACGAGCUGGACUCCAAGAUGGCAAGCUGCAGCUAUGUGGCCCACGAGCGGCUCAGCUACGCCUUCUCGGUUUGGAGAAUGGAGGGCGCCUGGUCCAUGUCCGCAUCCCACUAGCAGGCGGCUUCCCCCACCGCAUCUCCCCGGCAGGAGCCCUAGAUGACAUUGUUCCCACAGAAGGAGAAAAUGGACAAUCUAGAGACUCUGAAGUUGGAUACGAUUCAUUUGGUCUUGUCUUAAAAAAAAAAAAAAUAAUACCAAGGAUUUAUUGGAAAUUAAAAGAGCAAUAUCCUAAUUCAAAGCAGGGCGUGGGGAGCACUUAAGGAAAGAGACAAGGGCUUUGGAGAGUGACUACACUUUGGGCGUCGGUACAAUCCACACAUCUCUGCAUUCUGAUAGAAGUCUGAACCGUUCAUUUUUUAUUAUUUUUUUAUUUUGACGAAGAAUGUUGGAAUUUAACUUUUUUAUUUUUAUUUGCCUUUUUUUUUUUUUUUGCAUGCAUUCCCAAGAGGUCGUGCCUGUGAGCCACUGAUGAAAGGAAAUACAUUAUUGUGGACUUUCUUCAUUCUUGAAUGAAACCAACCGAUCAACCAAAAAAUAUCCCUGUAGAGAUGAAAACCAAUUUUUUUCUUUUUUUUUUUUUUUUAAGGGGGGAAUAAACUGGGCUCUAGCUGUUACAUACCCGGUUCCUAACUUUUUUAUUAUUAUUAUUUUUCCUCUGAGAAAAAAAAAACAAAACACAUUUUAUUUAUUUAUUGAUGACCCAUGUUAAAAUGCAAAUAGAUCCGGUGUCUAAAUGCAUUCCUAUUUUUAUGAUUGUUUUGUAAAUAUCAUUGUAUAUUAUUUUUCUGCAAUAAAUAAAUAUGGUUGAAAUUUUAAUAA